AUGAGAACACGAGAUCUCUUCCCGAAGUGGGAUGCGGUAGUGGACAAACAAGCUGCCCAAACCGAAAAGACCGAAAUGAAGACUGUAACUGUGGCAGUUGACAGCGAAGCGCCAGGCAACGAGGAAAAGAACGUUUCCGACACGGUGUUGGCUACAGACAAGCUAGCAGAUGCCGAGCAUGCGCUUCCUUUGAGGCAAUUCGUCAUCGCAUACGCAGUCAUGGUUGUGAUGUCGUUUGCCCAAGACCUCUCCUCAGGUAUCUUCUCGACACUCACUCCUUAUGUGACGAGUGCCUUUGAGCGCCACUCCCUGACAGCCACGACGUCCGUCCUCUCAUACAUUGCCAGCGCCAUAAUAAAGCUUCCCUACGCCAAAUUGAUUCAAGUCUGGGGACGCACUCAGGGAUUCGCAGUCAUGGUCGCCUUUAUGCUUCUUGGCAUCAUCAUGAUGGCCACCUGUCAAAAUGUUGAGACUUACUGUGCCGCCCAAGUUUUUUAUACAAUUGGAGCCAGCGGUAUCCGGUUCAGCAUCACUAUCUUCAUAGCCGACACGACAGCCAUGCGCAACCGUAUCUUGCUGAUCGGUAUUACCAGUAUACCUACCAUCGGUACUAUCUGGGCAUACGGCCCAGUAACGGAGCAGAUCUUGAAGACAGUAGGCUUCCGAUGGGGAUUUGGGCUUUGGGCGCCAAUACUUGCACUCAUCUUUGCACCUCUACUCUGGUAUCUCUGGGUUACGCAGAAGAAGCUUGAGGCAAUCAAACCUACUCCGUCUACCCAGCCUCUCCGAACGUGGUGGCAGUCUUACGUACACUACAUCAAGGAGUUCGACGUGGUCGGCAUCCUAAUCAUCGCAACCGGCCUGACUCUGCUGCUCCUUAGCGUCAACAUUUACUCUUACCAGCCCGAAGGAUGGCGGGCCCCCAUCGUCAUCUGUUUCCUGAUAUUUGGUGUGCUGCUACUUCCAAUCUUUGGCCUCUAUGAGAGAUACAUAGCAGAGUAUACCUUUAUCCCCUGGAGUCUACUUGUCAAUCGAACAGUCAUCACCACCAAUAUCAUGGUCCUCACGCUGCAAGCGGGAGAGCAGCUUGGUGCUGCGUACUUUUAUUCUCAACUGAUUGUUGUUUUCCGCCAGUCUGUUACAACAGCAACCUACAUAACCAACAUUUACUACAUGGGAGCCACCGUUACCAUGAUCAUUGUUGGCGUUGCCGUGCGCUAUUAUGGACACAUCAAAUACUACGCUUUAUUCCUUGGAGUGCCCUUGGUCACGCUAGGAUAUGGCCUCUUGAUCAAGUUUCGUACGACAAAUACGCAGAUUGGAUUGGUUAUCCUUUGCCAAAUAUUCAUCGCUAUCGGCGGAGGUAUCCUGAAUCCCGUUGAGCAACUGAUGCUCAUGGCUGUCUCAGACCACGACCACAUGCCUGCUGUCCUCGCAGUCGAGGGAUUGUUUGCCGAAGUAGGCAAGGCAAUUGGGUUUGCUAUUGCCGGUGCUCUUUGGACUGGAUUGUUUGAAAAUGCGCUCGAGAAUCACCUUCCCGAGUCUGAAAAGGAGAACAUUGGACAAAUCUACGGUGAUCUCGACGUCCAGAGCUCGUAUCCAAAGGGUAGCGCAGCCUAUGAGGGAAUUUCGCUUGCGUACGGAGACGCUCAGCGUAUCAUUCUCAUCACUUCCUGCUGCCUUUUCGUGCUUACUUUAGGCUGCGUGGUCUUCUGGAAGGAUGUUAAUGUCAAAGGAAUGAGACGUUUGCGAGACAGGGCUUAA